GCUUAGUAUCCAUUCUCUCUUUCUCUCUCUCUCUUGGGCAAUAGAGCGAACACAAGGUGUGCAUUUUGGUAGUAAGGCUUUUACCGUCACUAGAACUCCCUUGGGGAAUCCAAAGCCGAGGCUGCUGCUGUUUCUCAAUCUCCAAAUCCUGAUUCAAAGCCCUUGAAUUGUAGUGAAGUGUUCGAGGAUUUGAGGUUUUUCUUUGAUUUUUUUUGAGGUGAUUUAUGGUAUGGCGUUGAUUCUGGAUGCUUUGGUGGGGAUUUUGAAUGAGCCGACGAUUGGGGGCAUGGUGGCGGAGCUCGCCGUACUUGCGGCGUUGCUCUGGGUCGCCGUGUUAGUGGGAAUGUUCGUUGGAUGGGUUUGGAGACCGAGGUGGGCGGUUGAUCUGGCUGGAGGGAUGGGGACUCCGGUUUUAUCGAAUUCGGAUUCGUUGAAUGAUUCGGCGGCGGAUGAGAGCUGUGAGAGCUGUGAGAAGGAGGAGAAAAGUGAGACCUUGGCGGUGACUAUUGAGGAUUUGGAUCACCUGUGUAAGCUCGUGGAGGUUAGAGAUGGUGGCCCGGAGUGGCGUCAGAUGAUGGACAAGUCCCUGCCUAACAUGAGCUACCAGGCAUGUCGGAGAGAUGCCGAGAGUGGUCCUCCGCAAUAUCGGAGUAGGACUGUGCUCGAGGAUGCGACGCCGGAGAUGGUGAGGGAUUUUUUUUGGGAUGAUGAGUGGCGCAUGAAAAGCAAAUGGGAUGAUAUGCUUCUCUACCACACGACAUUGGAGGAGUGCCCCACAACUGGAACCAUGGUGGUUCAUUGGAUUCGAAAGUUUCCCUUCUUCUGUAGUGAUAGAGAGUACAUUAUUGGUCGACGAAUAUGGGAAUCAGGAAGAACAUACUACUGUGUGACCAAGGGAGUACCAUACACUUCUUUACCUAAACAGGACAAACCUAGGCGUGUCGAUUUGUAUUAUUCAAGCUGGUGCAUUCGUGCAGUUGAAUCAAAGAGGGGUGAUGGCCAGCUGACUGCCUGUGAAGUAUUACUGUUCCAUCAUGAAGACAUGGGUAUUCCUUGGGAGAUAGCAAAACUGGGAGUCAAGCAAGGCAUGUGGGGCAUGGUUAAAAAGAUUGAACCUGGUUUUCGGGCAUACCAGAUCGCAAGGAGGUCCGGUGAUCACAUAUCACGGUGCGCCUUCAUGGCACAGAUCAACACUAAGAUCAAUCCUGACUACCUUAGAUCUUUGGAAGACAACAGCACUUCAUCAGAAAUAGUAGAACCAGAAAAGGUGAAGCACUGGGGUAAUAAUGUACCACGGUUCCUUAUAAUUGGUGGAGCCGUUGCGCUUGCAUGUACUCUUGAUCGGGGUUUGUUAACGAAGACAAUCAUAUUCGGAGCAGCUCGGAGAUUUGGAAUGCUGGGAAGAAGAUUAUGAGCUGAUGGCUGAACUUGUUUAAAGAAAUCAACCAACCGUCGACCGAAUUAUAUAGCUCGGUUUAGUGUACUCUCUGCCGAGCUAUCUCUCGAUGAUAAACAGAUGAUGUCAAAUGGAUCAGAUGUCAUAUACAUGUAGAGAGAGUCAGCUACCAAAUUCUCCCUCAUAUAAGGUUUUUUUAAUUCAUAUUAUACUCUUUUAUAUACAUAUUUUUAGCCAUUGGUUGAAGCUUUUGUAGUUCUUUUUACCUCUUCUAGGCUGGCUGAGUACUAAUGGCAUUAUUUUCCUAA